AUGGAUUCUAACGAAUCACGUCUUGAAGAGCUCCUGAACCAGUGCAGAAGCAAUGAUGUGGAUGCUAAAGUCGACGCUCUCUCCAAACUUCAGAUGGAAUUUGAAGCUGGGAUUGAGGUUUCUGAACCAGACACCGUCAUCAACGUGCUGAAAUCCUGUUUGCGAAAUUCAAACCAACAUCUGACAAAUGCCACCCUUGCUGUCGUCUUGUCAUCGCUUCCGCCAUUAAUAUGCCGUGCAACGAACCCACUUCAAGCGAAUGCAGUCUCGCCGUCCGCAGGAGCUAUCGAUGUGGCCACGCUUAGGCAAGCCUUGACAGCCUUCCUUCCACCAGGUGGCUUGAUCGAUCGACUUGGAGACAAAGAACGAGCUCAAGCAAAAGCUCGCGAAAGUUUGGUUAUCUUGGGUGGUUUUGCCUUCCGUGCAAGUUCGGCGAGCACUAUUUCGUCGAAAUCUGGUAAAGGCCCAGAGACACCGGUCACCAUCUUCGAGAGAGCCUUGAAAGAGGUUGGUCUUGGAAGCAAAGUUUGGAAAGUGAGAGAACAAUCAAUAAUCACUCUUGUGCAUAUAAGACGAGCUCAUCCUCAUUUUCCGAUUCGGCCUUACCUCUCCCUCCUUGUUGAUUGCCUUGAAGACACCGACGCUCGUGUCCGUGAAUCAGCACGUCAAUCCAUUGUCGAGCUUUUCUCUGGUUUGGACGUCUCAGACGCAGCGCGUGCUGACUUGAAGAAAGAACUGACAAAGAAAGGUGUAAGAAAAACCAUCGUCGACGGAGUUUUAUCAAAACUUCUCGGCAACGGAUCCAAUGUCGUCAACGCACACAGUCGGGACGGUUCAGAAACUGGCGAGCCAAGCGUUAAGGAUUAUGUUCCCCCAAGUCUGACAUUGCAAGGCAAGAGACCAAGGGUUGCCAGCCAGAGUAAUGGACUAUCUAGGACUAUAAGCCACUCGAGUGUCAAUGAUUCCUCCCGGCCAGCGAGUCGCACUGCUAUGAUAUGUCCACCCCCGCCUUCUGCCCCCACAACAGAAAACAACGAAAUACAGCCAUUCUAUGUUGCGUCGACCCGAGAUUUGGAGAGUGAGUUUGCACCGAUGUCAAAGUCAUUCGAGGGAAAAGAAACGGAACACAAUUGGGCAGCACGCGAGCAGGCCAUUCUUCGUGUCCGAGGGAUGCUGAAGGGAGAUGUUCAUCUGAAGUACACAGAGGGAUUCUUAGCCUGUUUGAAAGAUGGAUUCAUCCAAUGGUCUCUGAAAACACUUGCUAGUUUGCGAACCACCGUUUCCGCGAACACAUGUCUCCUCUACUCAGAACUUGCGGUUGCACUUGGUCCAUUGCUUGAUCCGUUUUGUGACCUGUUAUUGACGCAUUUACUCAAAAUGGCCGGAUUUACAAAAAAAAUUACCGCCCAACAGUCUCAAGCCUCGGUCACUGCGAUUAUCAGUCACACUACAUCUCAGCCACGAAUACUCUUGCCGUUGCUGUGGAAUACUAUCCAAGAGAAGACGGUCCAAGCCAGAGCGUUUGUGAUUGCGCAUAUCAAACAAUACCUCGAGCAUCAUGGAACCCGCUCGAAACACGCAAUAGAAGCAUCAAGUGGUUUAGAAUUUUUGGAAAAGUCACUCAAAAAAGCGCUAUCAGACCCAAAUCCAGCUGUCCGUGAGACAGCCCGUGUAUUGUUCUGGAUCUUUGAGGCUAUCUGGAGAGAUCGUGGGUUAGUGAUCAUGGACACCUUGGAUUCCGUGGCAAGAAAACAACUAGAAAAGAAGUGUCCUUAUCCACAGCAAAUGGCUCUGCCACCCUCUACACCGAAUCCGACAAAGAAAUCGAGUGUAGCUGCCGCUAUCGCUGCAAGCCGAGCAAAGGCAAAGGCGAUCGCAACUGCGCCACCCACCCUCCGCCAUCAAGCAACUUCUGGUUCUCAUGGUCCCCUUCUGCGACGCGCCGGUUCUCCGGGUACAUCCCCAAGAAGCUUGACCUCACGCCCAGCCUCUCCCAUCCGAGCACCUACUUCACCCCCAUCACCCUCCAGAUCACGGGUUCCAUCAAAUAUGGUGCGAUCAGUCAGCGCUGCGCCGAUUCUUGUGUCUCGUUCUCGCUCGGCCUCUGCUGGGUCUGACCGAGCUGCAUCUCCUUCCCUUUCAACCCAAUCAAACGGUCAACGACGUGGUUCAUCGCCUCUGGCUGCAUCUACAACAACAGCUACCAUUCGUACAGCAAUACGGACAGCUUUGCCUGCGUCACCGCCUCCCUCUGUUGGGCACGAGUCCGCUAAACCCAGCUCGCAAUUAGGAUUACGAAAUGGCGCAGCUCCUGUGCCUGCCCGACAGCCCUCAUUAUUACCUCAACCCCUCGAUGCGCAUGGCGAUGACCAGUCACUGCUUAUGGCCCAAAGCGUUCCAGGACCUGAGGCCGAAACGGAUUCUGAUGACGAGCACUCCGUCAACCUAAUGUCAUUUUCUGCUCCCUUUGAAAUGUGCCGCCCAUCCCCAACUUCGUCGAAAUCCCGAUCGAUCAAUUCCAAGCCGACCGCACCCAUCUCCAACGCCCUGUCCUCAGGGUCAAUCUCGGAUAUAGGCUCUGGACAGCCCGUUGUUGAGGAUGCUCUGAGGGCUCGAGCCGAACAGGCCGAAAGUGCGGCCGAACGACUGUUAGAGCUUGUCGAGCCAGAAGACGAGGGAUUCCAGCAUCCUAUACUUCCAGCAUCCUUGCUGACAGGAAGCAAUCGUGUAACACCCAAAACCAAAAGCAAAGCAGCUCCGUUACCCACUGUUCGAGGUGCAGUUGAACCUGUAACACCCGUCAGUCGAGCGAGUAUUGUUAUGCAGCACGCCGCCAUGUUCAAAGACAGCCCAGCCUAUCCUGGACGUUCAACUUCCCUGUUGGACGUACUGCAAGGGCGAGGGUUUGAGACCGGAUGGUGGCUCAAGCGCAAGACGUUAUUUGCGCAGGCCGCCCCUCUCCGUUCUCCAGGUUCUCCAGAGCGAGUUCAAGAACUGGAAGGUCAUAUCAAGGCGCUGGAGCGUGGUGACGCCAACACUGCAGCGCUUCCAAGUCUAGCUCUUAUUUGCAUGGAAAACCCAGUGGCAGAACUUUCAUCUCCACCUCCAAGUCCCGGAGGUGCCGAUCCAAGUAGUCCCUCUCCCUUUGUUGUGUCUGACUCCAUGCCUUCUCUCCAUUCUGACAUGUGGGAAAAAAACAAAACCUUUGAAAGACUCUUCUGUGCUCUUAUGCUAUACUUGGACCCUUCAAGAAUCGAGAAAGAGCUUGAAUAUGGUCUAAUCGUUGUUUGGGAAAUGCUCGAGAACCAAGCUCCUUACCUUGAAGGCAAAGAAGCCGACUUGUUUUCUAUGCUUCUCAAGGUUCGCUACAGCAACAAAUUAAACGUGCUUGAAGCAACAACCAAUAUCCGAGACACACUAACCAGAAAACUUGACCCAGUUUAUGGACUGACGACGAUGCAUGCCAGCUUGCGCGCUUUCCAACUAGAAGCCGCCCCUACACCCUCGGACGAAGAAGCCAAAUCGUCGACGUAUGCAUUUGGACUGAUGGCUCUGGGAAGAUUCAUCCUCCGUCUGCCUGCCGAGAUUGCAGAGGAAGAGAUACCCCGACUUAAAGGAACGCUGAUCUCCGCUCUGAACGACAAGUCGUCGCUAAUUGUACGUGAGUCCGCGGCGGCCUCUAUUAUCGCUGCACAGCUCGUUCUGCGAGACGAGACGCACCUGUUUGCACUACUUGACGGCCUUGCGGACGAGAAAAAGAACCUGUUGACAUAUUUGUUUGACAAACAUGGCGCACGUGGGCUUAUCGCAUCUGGUCAGUCUGGCAUGGAUAAGUUGGAGAAGGAGAUCCGCAGGUUAGAUACGCGGACGAGCACCCCGCUAAAAGGGUCUCCCUCUUAG